UGCUCAUUGGUUGCUCUAUCGUUCGAUGUGUUGUUACGCCGCUCCCACGGCUGCCUGAUGUCUGUCGCGCCCUCCUGGACUCUGUGAGCGCACAUCGUUGGAGCAGGAGGCGUCAAAUGGUCGGGGGAAAGUGGGUAGCGUUGUGCGUGGUCUGUCGUUCUCUACAGCAUUGUCAUUCGAGAGUUGCAGCACCGGGCCGUGCAGCAACAACGAAGCAAGCGUUAGCGUUCACGUCGCUGCAAUCCCAGCGGGGCCGCCGGAUAGGAGGCAAGACACCCAGUACCAAAAACUCGGUGCUGCGGCCGCCAGCAGAUGCGAGACAAAUGAAAGGAAACCAAAGCGCAGUGUUGGCGACAAGAAUAAGAGCUGGACGAGGCACGUUUAGCAGCAGUGCCCUCGAAGGACGAAGGAGAGGAGGAGGAGGAGGAGGAGGAGGAGGGAGGGGUCGCGGCGGAGGGCGACGCUCACCAGACUAUGGACCGGCCCGGGCAGGACAGCGGAGGAGUAACGUUCCCCCGGGAACUCCGGUGGAAGUGGUCCAAAAGCAGCACCAACGCACCGGGAAGCUUACCCCGGGAACUGUCAGCAGGCUCUUGACGAAUUCGGGCUUCCACCCCCGUGGAAUCAAGGUGAUGCUUGCGGGGGGUGUGAUCGGCCGCGUGCAGAACGUCCCAGGUGUCGACGAAGCAACACCAACUAGUACGUCGACCGACAUGCCCGUAGUUGACAGCGCGCGUGGCUACAGCAGCAGCAGCAGCAGCAGCAGCAGCAGCAGCAGCAGCAGCAGAAGCAACGGCGGCGGCAGUGGCGAAGGUGCUGGUGCCGUCAUUGGCCCUCUUGUCGUUGCGUCCACAACAAUCGGCACCACCAGCCGGCGGAGGGCAUCACCCGUUGAGAGAAAGGGGAACGGUUCCCCGGUCGCCGCCCCGGUCGCAGCUGCCCCGCCCCCACGCCCACGUUCGAUCAGGAAAUUCCGCGCAGAGAGGGUCCAGGGAAGGUCAUGGAGCCUCGAGGGCGGGGAGGUUGUGGCGCGGCGGGGGUUGGACGGCGAGGAGAUCACCGGGAAAGCAGCAGGCGGCGCGAGUGAUUGGGGUGGCAGGAGAGGGAGAGGAGGAAGAAGAGGGCGCGGAGGCAGACGCUGAUAUUUGUCGCUUGCACCGUCUUGUUUUAGGUAGCCCCUCUUUCUCCAGUGGUGUUGUGUAUUCCUCUUCGCGGAAUGGUCUCAAGGAUCGUUCGCUAGUUGGUAGGGCGAAGACGGUGGUGCUGCUGGAUUCCUCUUAUGAUAUGAAUCAAAAUGCGCCGUCAGUAGUAGCGGAGAUGGAUAAUAGCAUGGUGAUUUUGCAAAUAGGCGCUUCAAAUUUGCCAAAAGUGACGUGUCUCAUUGAAAGGAAAGGGUUGGAAUAUAUUUUUCUAGUGGGUGACACGAAAAACUGUCGGCCCUGUGCGAAGGGGGCGACCCUUCUUGGUACAUGCUGCU